AUGAAUGAUCAAUUAAGUGCUUUUGAAAACAGAGAUGUAGAGAUUGCUCAAUCUAAUGACCAAGAUGAUCUGCUGAAUCUAGCUGAAGUCGAGAUUCCUAUUAAAAUUCAUAAUACUGCAACUUGGAGCGAAAAAAAUCUGAAUUCAAAUAUUUUAACAAUACAAAUCAAUCUUCUCAUUAGCUCGAUACUUUCUGUAUUUUAUCCAGAUGAACCGCACAUUAUGACAAAAAUAAUUUGUGCUUUCAAAGACGUAAUUUCUCUAUCUCCUAAACUUUUCCCGUCAUUGACUCUCCAAACAUUAUUCAAUAUCAUUCUAGCCAUUCCUUCAAUUAUCAUUAUCUCCUUAAACGCUGCAAAAAGACAUUAUGAAAUUGAAAAUCCUCGUUAUGAAAAAUUUUAUAUUUUAAUUAAGAAAAUCAUGAAUGUUUUCACAAUAUUCAUCAAUGUACACACAGGAGCCAUGUUUGGAUACUUAGUUGGUGACUUUUCAACUAAUAUUCCAUUAGGAAUUUCUGCUUUAGUUGUACAGUUGAUCUGGCAUUCUUCUUUAUUAGAAUUAGAUUACCUCUCUGCAUUCGGACAUGAUUUCAGUCCUGUAAUUGCAGGAUUAUUUGAAAAUUCACCGGCUUUAGUAUUUGGUAUGUACUCAGUAGCUCAACUUUCAUUCCCAAGAAAGGCAAGCGUAUAUAUUUACACAAUUCCGAUUCUUUUAAUGAGUUUAAUUACAUUAUAUUGCGUUGCAAAAACUUCAUGGUUUGUUGGCAAUAGGAAAAAAGCAGCAACAACAGUUGGUUGUUUUAUGAUUUUCGUCAUCACAAAUUUGCUUCAAUAUCUUAUUCCGUCAAAAACUGUUUAUUGGCUUACAGUUUGCUAUAUUCUGAUCAAUGUAUUGGCAAUAUUCGGUGAGUGGAAGCUUCCUGCUCCAGUAAUUAAGAAAUCCAGGAAGAUAAAUAAAGAAAACCGUCAAACUUACAAUGACGGGCCAAACGAAACGGAAGUGAGACCAAAGAACAAAAUAUUUACAUUUGAACCACAAGAUUUUGCAACUCUUUUCGUUUUCGUCUUUGGUAUUUUACUUAUGACUUAUUUCAACGCAAUGGCAGCUCGCCAGAUGCCAAUUGGACAACCAUUGCCAGACUUUAUCCAUAACAUAUUCAAUACAGGCCAUGAAAUCAGAGGAUCAAAGACAUUUUUGGAAAUGCAGUUUUCAAACAUGCUUUGCGUAGUAUAUAUCGCAUAUUCAUUCAUAUUGGUACUUGCUUUCCCCGAUGUAACAAACGCCAGAAAGUUUUUGAUUCUUUAUGGUGUUGAAUGCGUCAUAAGAGCUUUUUCUUUCAUCAUUACAUCGAUGCCAGCACCAUGUACAGGACUUCCUAAUUGCCCUUGCGCUGAUCCGAAGGAACUUGCUCGAAUUAGAGCAUUGCAUCCCCUGAAGAUCGCUUUGACAUGGACAUUUGGAUUCGGAAUGUUCGCGAAAUUACCUCAAUGUGGUGAUUUGAUUGUUUCCGGACACACAAUGUUCAUGUGGCAGACAAGCAGAUGGAUAAUGGAAGUUACACAACGAAUUUUACCAACAUGGCUCUCUUUUCUUGUGAAAUUGGCUUCUUAUUAUACAUUUUUGACUGGAAUUUGUUAUAUUACAUUGUCUAGGAACCAUUACACAAUAGAUAUUUGGUUUGGAUUCAUUAUUUCUGAAGCUUGCUUCUAUAUCUACGGAAUGUUGGAAGAAAAAGUUGAAGAUGCAAGCAACAACCAGUUCAUGGUGAGAGUUUUGAGAUGGUUUGAAACAAGGAAAAUACCAAUUCUCAAAGAACCAUACGAAAUAGAGGAACCUUCCGAAAAGGAUGAGGCUUAG